CGUCGUAAUAAGUAAUCGAGUCUGAGCCAGCUCGGUUCGCCAAGAUCCAAUCAAUGAUGGAAUUUACGAUCCGAACUGGCCCAUGGAUUGGUCUAGUAAUAGCUGUCGUUAAUUUUAGCCAGUGGAUUGGUGGUCACUGAUGAGACUGGCGCUCUGCACAGCACUGCACGCUCUGCUGCGCUGACCGCUGAUGAACCCUAACAACAAAAACGUGAAUAAAAGAUUCCAAAGCCACUUCUCUCUGCACAGUUACCUCUCCUUCUACGCCUCAUCCUCUUUAUUCUCAAGGUCACAGGUUAGAAAGGUGACUAGUACACUCUAAUGUCUGUUGGGAGAUUCUAUUUCAAAUGGCAUUUGACACAAGAGAGCACAAUGUUAUAAUGUUGGAUAAUGUGUUCUUUUAAUAGCUUUCCGGGUAUCCAUAUGGAGAAGACACUGCUACCUCGCUCAGGAAAUUUUGAUAUGAUUUGUCUGUCUGAUUCAACAAGAAAGAGAAAAUUAACCACAGAUCAACAUGACUUUUCUGGGGAGCUAAACCUGAUAAAUGAUCAUGGAAAUUCUCUUCCUCAGUCUGUAGAUUCUGUUUCUUUCAGUUCAACAUCUGAAAAUUUAGGACGCUUACUAGUUUUGGACCAAAAUAAUGUUAGCCGUAAUGGGCAUGGGGGAAAUUCACAUGAGAAAUUAUUUCCCUGGGAGCAGAACGGUUCAAAUGCCACAAAAAUUAAUGAUGGCAUGACUGUUGGGGCAACUUUGUCUGUGACUUCCACUUGCAUUGAACAAAAUGAAAACAAUAGGCCAUUGAUGAAUGAUGUACAAUCUGGCAGUGGUUCUUUAGCUACUAGAUUCAGAGAUAAUGCCAGAGUAAAUGAUCGAGGUCAAGGAGUUGGCGGUGUCCCAAUUAUGAAGAAAACAGGAGCAGAUAUGGAGAAGUCCAGGCAUUCAUUGGAAGAGAUGAUUUCUCAUAAGAAUGACAAUAGUUCUGCUAAUGUUGUUGUUAAGGAUGGAAAUAUAAAUGAAAGAAAUGGCAUAAGUGUUGGAUCUUCUGAAUCAACAGAUGACAAAAGCAAAUCACAUGCCGGAAAAUUAGCUCCAAUAGUUGCUGAGAAUCUCUGGGAUGGAUCCCUUCAGCUAAAUUCCUCUAUAACUGUGUCUGCUAUAGCCUCCUUUAAAAGUGGUGAGAAGAUGCCUGCUUGCAAGUGGCCUAAUUUUAUCGAAGUCAAAGGGAAAGUUAGACUUGAGGCUUUUGAAAAAUAUAUUCAAGAUCUUUCUCGCUCACGCAAUCGAGGGCUGAUGGUGAUCUCACUUCAAUGCAAAGGGGGGUCUUCUAAAUCUGGAUUAGCAGGCAUGAAGGAGGUUGCUAAAGGGUACAAGAAAGGAGAGAGGGUUGGGCUUGCACAACUCUGUCAGGGUAUUGAUCUUUAUGUAUGUCCUCAUAGUGACAGCAUAAUCACAGUACUUGCAAAACAUGGGUUCUUCAAGGGCAUGACUGCUGUUGAAGAUAACCGAGACUCCUUGAUUGGCUGUGUUGUGUGGAGAAGAAAUCGAACAUCUGCUAAUUCUGUUGUAAAGAAAUCGGAGAGAAAGAAACAUUCCCUGGCUGAACAGCCUCUCAAUUCCGCUGCUGACUCUUCUAGCCAAAGGGUAGAUGAAAAAGACUUUCCCCUGACAAAACCGGCUCGGGAAUCCAUCCGAGUUGAAUCAAGAACUGAUUGCAAAAUUCUUGGUAGUCCAGGAAAUGAUAAUGCUGAAUGCAAACAUAUCGAGACCAGUCAAGUUCAACCUGAGCUACUUAAAUCUUCUGCAACUGCUAGUCUCUUACUAAUAUCUCCAGUGCUCAGCAGCAACUCAUCAUCUAUGUCCAAUGGACAUCAAGUUCCUUCCACUACGGACACUCCCAAUUUCUCUACAAUUGUAGGACGAACAUUGCAGAUUGAAGCUCCUCUAAUGAGCAGCUCACAAGAGAAACCUAAACCAGCUCUGGAAAUUCAUAGACCUGUCUUAAAAUUGCCAUCUGACACUGUAAAAGGACCUUUCCCUGCGCCUGAUGAUGAUGAUCUUCCUGAAUUUGACUUUGGAGCUGCAUGCGGUAUUUCACCUGCUUCAGGAAGCAAGCUGUUAGAUGCUGCAACAAUUGACAAGAAACUUCCAGCUGAAAAUUUUAUGAAAAUUAAUAGGACACUGCUGUCCAUGGUGCCAAAUAUGCAGUCAAUGCCAGCUUCCAAUCAAAGGGGACAUGGAGAUUUUGGUUUGGGAAGGCUUCCACAUGAUGCUGUUCAGAGGAUGCGUCUGCAAAAUGAAGUUCGUGAAUAUGACAAGACUCUAGCCCUUCCAAAUUCAGAAGAAAAACAUGCUGCCAAAACUAGCUUACCAGUUAGCACUGCUGAUGUUCUCCAAUCCAAAAAUCUUUUUGAUGAUGAUGAUGAUAUGCCUGAAUGGUGCCCACCAAAUGCAAAGCUGCACAGGCAAGUGGUUCCUGAAACAGAAUUUAACCGUCUGGGCAAUGGAGUUUUUCCAACAGGAAAUCAAUCAUGCAGUAGUUGAAAUGAUUGAGUGUGACUUGCAAGUUGUGUGGAGAAGAGGAAUCCAUCAGGCAUGUAUUAUUCCUGUGCAUUAAAGCCACACAGCCAGCAUGUCUCAGAAUUGAAGCUUUCAGGAAUAUUAGUGCCCAGCAAAUAAGGAGUUCACGCAGCUACUAGCCUUUCCUAUGUGGUAUCUUUCAAAGGCACGCAACGACAUGGCCUUUAAUGAGCAUGACUGGUCACCCACUGAGAUGGUCAACCAGGCCUCGAAACCAAUAGGGGAAUACGUCACACCAUCCAACCUCAGGAGGCAAGCUCAAGCACGGAGUCCAGCGUCUGAAUCUGAAGCUCACCCCUCCACUUGGACCCUCCCACCUCGGGAUACCUAUAAACUAAAUUUUGCAUUCAUGUGAAAGGUGCUAUAGGGGUGGUGGGCAGGGAUCAUACAGGGAAGCUCGUAGGUUGAGCUGCUUGUCAAAUUCAGCACAUUUCUUCCCCUCAUAUCUUGGAAGCUCUUCUGCCUUUGCCCGAGGCAUUGCACUCAGCCUUCUCCCUAGGUCUCCAAAGAGUCAUCUUCGAGAGGGGGCGCUAAGCAAAUCAUUGAAUCAGCUUCUGUGACUACCGGGAGCUCACAGCACUUGACAAGACUUGAGACAAUGGUGAAACAAGUCAUUCUGGAGACAUUAGUUAGAGUUUUCUCUUGGCAAUUAAUCUAAAGAAAUGGUCUACUGCAGUAAUACUGCUGAGCAUGAGGUGAAUGUACUCAAGCUAUAUCAUCUUAUGCUAUGGGACAUUAGACUCAAGGAAGUGAAUGUACUACCUCAACUCUUGCUGCUCUUUUUUUUUUUUUUUAAAUGCAUUUUUUGAA